AUGCGCAACCUCCUCUCCUACUUCCUGCUGGCGCUCCUCAACCUCCAACAGCAAGCCGUAGCGCAAUCGACAGGCCAAUACUGCGACUCGACCUCGCAAGUGUGCUACCUGCAGUACUCAUGGGGAACCACAAUUCCUGUGUUCCGGCUGGCAGUGCCUGAUUCGGCGUCUACAGGCGGCAACUAUGACACCCUGUUACAGGUUGUCGCGCCCGUGUCAGUGAAAUGGGCGGGUUUCUCUUGGGGCGGCGGCAUGACCUCGAACCCGCUGACGGUAGUGUGGCCGAAUGGAAACUCGGCGACGGUUUCCUCGCGUUGGGCGACAAGCCGGACCUUACCCACGGUCUACUCCUCCGCGACCUACAAAACCGUCUCGGCCAGCAACAACGGCACGCACUGGACGGUCGAGACAGUUUGCUCCGGGUGCAGCACAUGGAGCGGCGGAUCGCUCAGCACGACCGGGACUGACACUUUUGCCUGGGCUGUCGGCCGCAAUGCUGUCUCGCAGCCCGCUGAUCCCAGUAGCAGCUUUAGCGUCCACGAUACCAUUGGUACGUUUUCUGGGGCGCUCUCGCAGGGUACGGUGCCCCAGGCGACGUUUGAUGAACAUAUCAAGAACGCAUCGUAG